AUGGAAAACCAAGGAGAACAAGAAACACGGACUCCAGGAGAGACAGUUGAGAUACUGAGAGACAAGAUGGCGAGAACAUGCGUGGCAGCAGCUAGAGGUAGAGGUGGAGGCAGAGGAGGUGGCAGAGGGGCGGCCCCAGCUGGGGGAGACGUCCCAGUGGUUGACCCCGUGCCUCCAGUGGUUCCUAAUGAUGUAGCGGGAGAUGCAGCCGUACCAGCCCAACCAGCAGCAGUACCAGUUCCGCCAGGAGCUGCAGCUGCUCAGGGUAUACCAGAUGUUAUGGCACAGCAACUCCUUCUCGAGGGAUCAGAGUUCACAGGUAUAUUUAGGGCGUUCGGUUCAGUCCGCGAUGCAGGUGUCAGUUGGGGGCCAUCAGGGGCAAAUUAUCAGGCUUCCAGUCAGCAUGGAGGCUACACUGCUUCAUCAGCUUCUGUUCAGCGGCCUACGCUGGACCAUGCAUGCUUCGAGUGUGGUGAGAUAAGUCAUAUUAAGAGGUAUUACCCAAGAUUUAGACAGAGUAGGCAGAGGACUCAGUAUCAGACUCCUCGAGCUCCAUCUGCACCAGAUCGAGGCGGUAAGGAUCGCACACUGGCAGGGCGGGGCGGCCACACCGCUGGUAGGGGUGGUGCCCAGUCUAAUCGAGGCGGUCCUCAGGCAGGUAGAGGCGGACAGCGGCCCAGCAGAGGCGAGGCUCAGACUGGUAAUGGUAAUCGCGGUGGUUCACAGGUGACAGGGGGCGCAGUCAUUUGUACGCUUUUUCAGGUAGACCAGACCUGA